UUCAGUGCAUGUCACAGGUCUCGUCCAUUCGAGAGGACGCCGUAAAAUUGGCUCCAACCAGGGCCCUUGUAGGAGGAUUAAACGUGGAUCACAAACGUGUUUAAUACGACUGUUUUCAAUCAGAUUGGAAAAAAACAGUCAUGUAAACUUAGCCAUUGACGUCCUCUAACAUUUUUUUGAGACGUCAGCUGAUCAUUUAUUGUCAUACAGAAAAGCCAGAUCUUUGAUAGGACGUGUUUCAGGGAGGAGACUGACGAAGAUUUUCACUGCUCAAACAAACAAAGCAGAUACUCAGAAAGCAGCGACCUGCAGAGGAGGCACAAACAUGAGCAAAAUUCGAGGUUCUUCACUGAAAGCAAAACUUCAGAGUCUUGCAAAGAUAUCAAAAAAACAUUCGUCGGACAAGUCAGACGGCUGUCUUGCAGGUGCAGAUGAAUCUCACCUCAGGAUCGUGAUGGUUGGGAAAACUGGAGUUGGAAAAAGUUCAACUGGAAACACCAUCUUAGGAAAAAAAGUGUUUAAGUCGAAGAUGUCGACGUGUUCACUGACGUACAAGUGUCAGAAAGAAACGGGAGAAUUUGGCGGUCAGACUCUGGCAGUGGUCGACACUCCCGGCCUGUUCGACACCAAGAGGAGUGAGGACGACGUGAGGAAGGAGAUCGGCAGGUGCAUCUCGUUUGCUUCUCCCGGUCCUCAUGUCUUCCUGGUGGUCAUACAGCCCGGCAGAUUCACCAAAGAAGAAAGAGAGACAGUGAGAAUGCUGCAGAAGCUUUUUGGGGAGAAGUCAGCAGAGUACACAAUGGCUCUAUUCACCCAUGGAGAUGACCUUCAGGAGGAAAGCAGCAACAUCCGGGAUCUGAUUGAUGAAAACGAGGACCUGAGAGUCUUUGUUGGUCAGUGCGAAGGAGGACACCACGUCCUCAACAACCGAGAGAGGAAUCCAGCUGAAGUGCAGGAGCUCCUGAAGAAGAUCAACAGCAUGGUGCAGAGAAACGGGGGCAGGUACUACACCAACGAGCUGUUCGAGGCGGCUGAGAGAGCCAUCAAGGAGGAGAUGGAGCGCCUCCUCCUAGAAAACCCCGAUAUGGAGCGUGAUGAAGCCAGAAGAAAAGCCGAGGAGGAGAACCGCUUCAACUUUUAUGUCCGGCGAGGUGCAGAUGAACCUCACCUCAGGAUCGUGAUGGUUGGGAAAACUGGAGUUGGAAAAAGUGCAACUGGAAACACCAUCUUAGGAAAAAAAGUGUUUCGGUCGAAGAUGUCGACGUGUUCGAUGACGUACAGGUGUCAGAAAGAAACGGGAGAGUUCGGCGGUCAGACUCUGGCAGUGGUCGACACUCCUGGUCUGUUCGACACUGAGAGAAGUGAAGACGAGGUGAGGAGGGAGAUCGGCAGGUGCAUCUCGCUUGUUUCUCCCGGUCCUCAUGUCUUCCUGGUGGUCAUACAGCCCAGCAGAUUCACCAAAGAAGAAAGAGACACGGUGAGAAUCCUGCAGAACCUUUUUGGGGAGAAGGCAGCAGAGUACACGAUGGCUCUGUUCACCCAUGGAGAUGACCUUCAGGAGGAAAGCACUAACAUCCAGGAUCUGAUUGAUGAAAACGAGAACCUGAGAGUCUUUGUUGGUCAGUGCGAAGGAGGACACCACAUCCUCAACAACCGAGAGAGGAAUCCAGCUGAAGUCCGUGAGCUCCUGAAGAAGAUCAACAGCAUGGUGCAGAGAAACGGGGGCAGGUACUACAACAAUGAGCUGUUCGAGGUGGUGGAGAGGGUCAUCAAGGCGGAGAUGGAGCGCCUCCUCUUAGAAAACCCCAACAUGGAGCGUGUUGUGGCCAGAAGACAAGCUGAGGCGGAAAACAGCUUCAACUAUUACGUCCGGAGAGGCGCUAUGAUCGGCGCCGCCGUGGGCUUUGUGGGCGGUCCACUGGCCAGUGGAUUGGGAGCUGCAGUGGGGGCCGCUAUAGGGGCCAUAACGGGGGCCAUCAAAAGAAACCAUUGCACCACACAGUAAUAGUAAGCUGGACACGUGUA